AUGAGCUUCAUCCAGAAGAUCAAAUUCUCAGGCUUGACUGGGAACAGCCCCAGCUACAAGGAUAAAAGAGGAUCCAGCCUCCCAUUGUUUCCAGCUCAGAUUCACAUGGGCUACAGCAUAAAAAUGUUCUCCUGUGUGGCGAGGGAUUGCCAGAUUUCUCCUGAGCCUAGUGGACUGAAUGAAGAACAUUUCAAUAACUACAGCUGCAGACAUUUUUCUCCUGAGAAGGACUCUCACAUUUCUAUCAAUUCCAGAGGAGACCGCACCUCCGACACAUCUGGUUCCUCUUAUCGUACAGCACUAUGCUCAGAGGAAGCGGAGAGUUUUAAGGACUGUAUUGAGUUCUUUGAAGAACCUGGAGAUCAUAUCAAACGGCACACUUACUGUGACUCAGAGUACGAGCAGGACAGCAUAACAGCAACACUGAUCCUCUCUGCAGCUCAGACAAGCUCCGCUGACAGGAACAAGAUUUCCAAGCGCACAGGCAGCCAACUUCAUGGGAAUCUGAACAGUUUUGGCAAGGCCUUACAAGACCCAUGCGGUGCAAACAGCAAAGCUGAUAUUUGUGUUGCUACAUCUGAAGGAAUUCAGGCUUGCUUUGCUGUAAAUGGGAGCGAGGCUUUUGGAGGCUCAUUGACAGUCCAAGACAUGAGAGCACAGAGUCCGCAGGCGGAUAGCAAUGGUACUAUAAAUGAUCAAACCUGCAGGGAAAGGAUCUGUCCCAGUGACGAGGAAAGCCAACAGGUUCAGAUGUCAAUCAAAGCUAAGAAUAGCGCAGAUCCAGUGUGCAGCGGCAGAAUGGGUCCAGUCACAAGAGGGCUGCAGCCACGAGACAGCGGAUCUAAAUAUUUGGAUUGUCCUACCCAAUUCAGUUCUGAGAAAUCCAAGGAAAUGUUACCCAGUGUCCGCAAGCUGAAGAAAAACAGCCUUGCCAGUCGAGCUCAUGGUCCUGUAAGUAGCAAAGCAGCAUGUCCCAAAUAUUUUGGAGAAAAUUCGAGUGUUCUGAGUGACUCUGAUGAGGCUGAUAAUGAAGUAGAGAAGCUUACUGCCCUGUCUUUCCAGAGCCUCUCAUGUCCCCAGGGCAGUUACUUAGAUAUGUACAGUUCUAGUAACAGAACAUCAUCCAGUCUGUCCAAUUCCUUGCCGGAAGAUGGUAUUGGAAUGAACAGGUGGCCAACAUGUAGUGACCCAAGGAAAACAGUGGUGGUCAACCACACCAAAGGAAGCUGGCAGUUCCCGUCAGCCAGCAAAGUCCCAGAUAAGGACUUGUGUGCUAGCUCACUGGGGAAGGAACACUUUGAGUGUGUCAGUGUCACACUAGACAAUGCUGAUGGGCGAAAGAGCCUCUGUAAAAAGCGAAUGGUGCCCAAACGGCAGAUUCAGUUGAGGCGGAAGGAGAAGAAGGAGAUGGGUUUUUGUGCUGCUGGUGACUGUGCCGUCCUCCCUCCAUUCACACAACCCAGGAAAGAGUCAUGUGUGAAGGGUAGGACUAUCAGUGAUGAAUUCAGACUCAAUUACAAGCAAUUUAUGAGAGCAGCUUGUCUGAACAAUUCUUACAACAAAACUAAGAUGGCUUCAAGUCUGGUGAGAAAUGUUUUGGCUAAAAAAAUGCAGUAUGAACAAAGAAUCAAAACCGAGCAAGCAUCUGUCCGUGGCAGCUCCACCUCCUCUGUCCCAUCCUCCAUAAGUACAGACCUCCAGGGGGACAGUUUAGAAGGCAAGUCAAGUUCUCUGUCCAAAUCGGACUGCAGCUUUUCAGCUGAAGACAUGCACAGUCAUUCUACCAGUGAGAGAUCUGACCCUGUGGCCAUGAACAACAAAGACACAGACACCCUGAGACCAACAAAGGGGGUGGUGCUGAAUGAGCAGCUACGGGAGAACGUCUGCAAAUUGAAAAAGACGUUUAAUGAACUGAAUGAGAGAAUGAAAUACCAAGAAGCUACUCAAUUGAUGAGACUCCCUAUUUUGGCAGACGAUGCUGUAAAUGCAGUAGAAUCAAGCAACGUCAGAAAACAGUCGUCUGGAGAGAGAAAAGAGUACAGGAGAGCCCGGGCUGUGUUUGAGUCCAUGCAGGAUGGUGCUAAAAUCACAAGUGCAGUCCCAAAAUUUGCAAAAACACCAAAGCCAUGGCCAAACCUGAAGCAGCGAGCUAUUAGGCAGAACCAGCACAUGCAGUUGAAAGAGGAAAAGAUCCCCCUCAAACCUAAAAGCCUUGUGGUGCCUAAAGAUAUCUCCAGGAAUAUCUUCACAUCCAAAACCAAAGAAAUGAAACUUGUUCCUCAGAUCACAAAUGAACAACCUAAUGUUCUAAAUGCAUUUAAGCACAUGUCUUUGAACAGAGAUUCUAGUACCAGGAGGUUGCCUGCAGUUCAGAGUGUGAAAUUUUCAUCACUAGUUUUUCCAACAUCUGGCAAAUCACACUGUGGUGAAACACUUUGCAUGAAUGAGGCCCUUCAGAUGGAAAGCAGAGGAAGGAUAAGAAAACAUCAGCAAAGAGAUGUCAGGAAAUUAGUCAAUGACACUUAUUACCUUGGUUUUAAAUCAUCAGACAGCUCCAGCACAGAGCAGCUUUCCUACUCAGAAAGCAAAACUGAAAGCAGCCAAAUUGUGUUACCAAAAGACUCUACAUCCAUCUCACCUCUCUUCAUACACUGCACCUCAAUACGUCGGAAAGAUGAUAUACAAGCAGCAAACCAGUUACAGGAGGAGAAAAAGCAAGAUGAAAUUAGAGACAUAGAUGCAUCAACUAGUUCUCUACAUGAUCAGUGCAUCAGUACCACUGAUAAUUUUAACCCCGCAACACAGACACAUGGAAACAGAUCAGCAUGUCAUCCCGAGAACAAGUGCUCUAUGAUGAGUGAACCUGCAGUGCACAUUACUACAAUUCAGUCCAAGAAGUGUGUAGUUGAGAAUAAAGAACUUCAGCCCGAAGUUGAAAAUAAACCAGUACCCUAUGAGCGGACUGAGUUAAAAGUCAGACCUUCUGCAACCACCAAGAAAGAGUCUCAGCUUAAUAUUAAAGUUAACAGUUCUGUCUCCAAGCAGACACACAAAACAGAAACUGAUUAUUUCCCAGCUUCAAGUUGUUCCAUGUUGGAAGAAAGGACCACAAAAGAAGCUUUCUCACAGUCUAAUUUCAGUUUAAGAGAAAAUGAAGCUGCUGCUUCAUCUGAGACCAUUGUGAUUCCAUCUUCUAAAUGUCUUCAGGAGACCAAUAUGAAAGAUAAUGGUCAUGUGAUGAUAAGCCAUAUUCAUGAGCCUUCCAAAGCCCAGGAAAUUGAAUUGUCUCAUCAGAAAUGUUUAUCUAGUGAGACUAUCUCAGUAGUACCUAAAGACAGUAAAAAUUCACCAAGCUUUUUGAAAGAAGAAAAUGUGUUCUCUGGAUUAACCCAUGGUAGCAGUAGGUACCCACAAUCUAUCAGGCCCCCAAUGACAGGCACUCAAAAUAAUCAGGCACAGACUGCAGCAAACAGCCAUUUUGUUGACAGUUCAUCCGAAACAGUAAUACCAGAGGACCCCAAGCCCUGGGGGGACAACAACAACAGAAUGCUUUCAGAGUAUGACAUUUCAGAUAGUCCAUUACCAGCAAGGGAGUAUACUGAUGGAAUCAAACUAGUAUCAAACCCUCCUUUUACACCAUCAUCCUCUCAUGGAAAGCUCCAUGACCCAGGUUUUGAUUGUCUUAAUAAGCAUCAGGUAACAAAUGAACAAUAUUUUUCAGCAGCACAAACUGACAACACAAAUUACUUAACAAUUCCUGUGAAAGCCCAUCAGUCUGAGGCAGUUCCUAAGCACCCAGCACCUUUGUACCCAGACAGCUCCUCUUUCACAUCCAAUGUUUCUUUUCAGACUAGUGGAGAAGCUUCAGGAAGCAAAACAAGUAACGAACAUUUUUUGCCAAAACCAUUAGAAAGGAAGGUAGCCUCUGACAAUUUGCUACAAAGCAACCUGAGCCACGGGCAAAUCCUCCCAAGGCUUGAAGAAUCUCCCAGUUGCACAAGAAGAAACGAAAGGGUUUCUCCAUCCGGGAAGAGUGCCCCAAGCCCAACUAGACAUUUUGCUGCUCCUCUGCAGGCACACAGGAAAAUGUUAGUUGAUCCAGAGAGCGGAAAGUGCUACUAUGUGGAAUCCCCCAGGCAGCCUCAGCUGAAGAUGCUUUAUGAUCCAGAGACGGGGCAGUACAUCGAAGUGUUAAUACCGCCAACCCCAUUGUCAUCACACAGUGGGCUUUACCAGUCUCCUUUCCCGUCAGUGGUUAUGAAUCCUGGAGGCUAUGGACCACCUUACCUGCCAUACUCAGGAUUUCCGGGUUUCCCUCCUCCCCCUCUUGCUGUACCACCUGCACAGGUGGAUCUUCAAGACCAACCACCUGUUCAAGAGAACACCAAUGAAGGUUUUAGCCAUUUCCCAAAGACUGAAGUGCCACCAGGUGCCCAAACUGCUGAUGGCAACUACAUGGAAAGUUUAUAUUAUAUUCCCACUGGGAUGAAUUCAAGUCCAAACCCUGGUCAAACUGUAUUUCCCCCAUCUGCAAGUUCUGGUCCUGCUAUGCCGGAAAAGGGAUCUUUUCUUAGGAUGUAACAUGCUGUGUCACAAGGGUGUUUAGGAAGACUAUUUUUGUAUUUCAGAUCAUUCAUUUUUAAAAAGCAUCAAACCAAACUUUAUUCCCUGGAUAUUGGGGGAGGGGGGAUACCUGGAAAGAGAAAGCUUGGGAGCUUCUUGUUCAAGUUUUCAGCCACUUAGGCUCUGAAGGAUUCAAGGUAAUGGGACAAACAGAGUUUACAGCAUGCAUCAUUUGCUUGAUACAUUUUAUUUUAAUGUAAGUGUCCCCGGCAAUAAUAAUGGGCCACAUUCUGGUGCUAAUUGAAGCCAAUGAGAGCUUUGGGAUUGACUUCAAAGGGACCAGGAUACAGGCUAUGACAUUUAAGCUGCUUACUUUGUUUCUUGGGGCAUGCUAUGUAGAGUGUAUUAUUCUAAUGCUUCAGCCUACACCUGAGCAGUUUGGUUAUUCAUGAAUCUCAGCUCUUCUAUAGCAAUUAAAUGUUCCUCCAAAA